GUUCCUCUGGACCCCUAGUCAGGAGAAAGUUACCAACAAGAAGUCCCUGGAGUCUACGAAGGCAAACUAACAGGGCCCUUACCAAAACUAACCCGUCUCAACGUGCCGUCCCAGCACGAUCCGAGGGUACCUCCUCACCAUACUUACGCGCAGCAAGGGACUCCCCCCAGAGGAUUUCUCGAAAAGAUCAAGUAAGUCAGGAACGUGGAGCCGUCCGUCUCCCCUUCUAAGAGCAAGGGAACACAACAGGUACCGAGCUAGAGGUGCCACUCCGAAAGUCUCCAUCUGUCUUGCCACCAUCCCCGUUCUGCCGAAGGGCCUGGGUCACCCCAGUGAUUCCCAACAGUGGCGUGAGAUGGUUGCCAUUGAAGGGCAGAUAGUUUGCGAAGAUGAAGAAAACAUUCUGGUACCGGGUUUUUCAUAUUUUGAUUAGUACUUUUCGUCACAUAUGGCGUUUUGUAUUGUCAAUAAAGCUUGGAACCAAAGGCAAAAUUGUGCCUCCUGUUAGAAAUCCACUCUUACUGAAAUCUGCCACAAAACUGGCACAAGAAAUUCGAGAAGGAAAGCUUAAAAGCGAAGAAGUUGUUCAGGCCUACAUAGACAGAAUUCUAGAAGUGGAACCAUACAUUAACGCAACGGUAGAUCACUGUUUUGAGGAUGCUUUGAAGAAAGCGAGAGAAGUAGAUUCUCUAAUAGCUUCAGCAAGUUAUUCGAGAGAAUAUCUAAGCAAAGAAAAGCCCCUUCUAGGGGUGCCCUUUUCCAUGAAAAUCAUUCUCAUGGCUGAAGAACUCCGAUGCACAGCUGGAUACAAAGCUUUCGAAAAUGUAAUAGCCACUCAAGAUGCACCUUCGGUUGCAUUACUGAAAAAGGCCGGCGCCAUUUUGACUACGUCCACGAAUGUACCUGAACUACUAAUGGGUAUCAGUGCUAGAAAUAAACUGCACGGGUCAACCUGCAAUCCUUACGAUACAAACAGAACAAGCGGAGGUAGCAGUGGUGGGGAAUCUGCUUUGUUAGCUGCUGGUGGAUCGGUGCUCGGAAUCGGUAACGAUCUGCUGGGUAGCUUGAGAAUACCAGCUCAUUUCACGGGAAUUUUCUCACACAAACCUACAAGAGGUCUGGUACCUAAUGGAGGCUGUUUUCCUCCGGAGAAACCAGAUCAACCUCUAAAGUCUUCUGAGAUUGAGAUCUAUAAGCAUGCCUCAACAGGACCCAUGUGCAGAUACGCGGAGGACCUCAUCAUCGGCAUGAAGGUUCUUUCGUCAACGAGCGGAAUAACAUUGAACUUUGACAAAAAGGUUGAUUUCAGAAAGAUAAAAGUGUACUACUUAAAGGAAAUUAUCAGUCCCAUGGUACCACCAGUAAAUAAAAACAUUGCAAAUGCUUUAGAAAAAGCUGUAUCCCAUUUCGAAAAACGCUACAAUAUAGCGAUUCAAGAGGUGAAGAUGCCCUCCCUGUACGACUCAAACAGGUGCGUUGUUAACACACUACUCAGAUGCGUGACGAGCGUGAAGAAGAUAUUUCUCGGAGAUGAAAAAUUGGGUUUCAACGAAAAGAUAGAUUUCCUGAAGGCUUUCAUUGGAAAAUCAGUUUUAUGCGUAUCGUCUCUUGUUACUUUGAACCUAGCAUAUUUUCCCUUGUGGUACAGAAAAGACAGGACUGCAUAUUACCAAAAGAUGUUGCAAGACUGGAUUACAGAGUUCAAUGACCUCCUGGAUGAAAAUUCAGUGCUUCUGAUGCCGACCUCAGCUGUCACAGCCCCUUAUCAUUCCGAAAUCGUCCUAGUAUUCCCGACCACGUGCUACACGUCAAUAUUUAACAUUAUCGGUUUGCCCGUUACUCACUGUCCGAUGGGUUUCACCAAGCAUGGGCUACCGGUUGGCAUCCAGAUUGUGGGACGUGCUAAUAAUGACCCCCUUACAAUAGCCUGCGCAAUCGAAUUAGAAAGAGCAUUUGGUGGCUGGAAAUCACCUGGUGAAAUAUAAAAUGACAAAUUAUUGUUACAAAUUAGUACUUAACUUGAGUCAAAUUUGCUGAUAAGAUUGGGAGACUGGGAAUUUAAGAUGAGCUACGCAAGAUCUCUUUGCAGUAAUUGCCAACCUUUUUUUUUUAAAAUAGUAAAUUUUAAAAGCUUUUGAAAUUUUUAAGUAAUCAGUAUCAAAAUUUGAAAGGGAACAGUAAUUAUUUUCUCCUAUUAGCACAAAAUAUAGUGCGAUAUCUCCAUGAAGGUAUCGUAAAAAUGAUGUUGAGCAUUUCGUGCUAAAAAUAUCUAUUUAUAUUAAUGCAUCUAAGAUGGCAUUUCAUUCAAUAUAGAACAUUUCAUACAAUAUAGAACAUGUUUACUAAAGGGAAAUGUUAGUAAUAUCUGUGCUUUAUAAGAUUCUCAAUCCUUGGUGGUAUGGAACAAAAGAUAAAUGGCCUUUGGAGGAAAUUUGAAGCAAAUGUCAAUUGAACUUUGUCUUUCUUUUUGGAAUGAAAAUACGUUUUAACAUUUCAAGACAUUCUGUGCUACAAUAUCAUAAAAAGCAGAUACUGUGGUCAUUCAUGUAAAAAUCACAAAGUCUAAAACAGUAGUUUUGAAAUAAGCCAGUUUAAACUUUAACUCGUUAUAAAAAGAAUGAUUUAGUAUAUAUCAUAUCUGUCAUUCAGCGAUGGAAAAUUAAAAGAUCGAAAGAGUUAUACCAGACUGUAAAGAAUUGAAUGGAGAUGACGAUUUUGGCCGUAGUGACAUUUUCCUGAACAACGACGAUAUGAUGUUUUGAUUAAUUGGAUCAUAAUUUUAUUAACUUCAUAGUACUCACUUUAUUAAAUAAAACGUGUUUUUUAAGCUAA